AUGGUGAACCCAGCCACCAUUUGCGACGUCCUCAUCAUCGGUGCUGGGCCAGCAGGUCUCUCAACUGCCCUUGGUCUUGCCCGUCAAACCUAUUCUGCCAUCGUGUUUGACUCACAUCAAUACCGUAACGCCUUUGCGCAGCACAUGCAUAAUGUUGUGACUUGGGACCACAAACCCCCAAGUGAGUUUCGUGCCGUGGCAAGAGAGAACAUCGAAUCUAGAUACGACACCAUCCAAUUUAAAGACGCUACCAUAAUUUCGGCAGCCAAGAAUGAGGAUGGGACUUUUGAGGUUAUGGAUGACAAACAGAAUAAGUACCAAGGUAGAAAGCUUGCCCUCGCCACAGGCAUCACAGAUGUGUUGCCGGAUAUUAAGGGCUUUAAGGAGUUAUGGGGUAAAUCGAUAUUCCAUUGCUUGUUCUGCCAUGGAUUUGAAGAGCGUGGUGCUGUUUCAGCUGGCGUUAUAGCCGCCGGCUUCAUUACCCAACCUGCCAUGAUCCUUCAUAUGACUCGAAUGGCUUCUCCCCUGGCCAAGCAUGUUACUGUCUACUGUCACGGCAAUGACGAGCUUACCGCGCAGGUGCAUAAAGAAUUUGAAGGUAAGCCGUUGGCUAUCGAACCGAGAAGGAUUACUGCUGUUGAGUCGAACGGUAACCGUGUUACCGUGCAUUUUGAGGACGGUGAUAGUCGGGAGGAGGGUUUCUUGGUUUCUGUCCCCUUGUCUAAGAUCAACGGUCCGUUCCAUGAGCAGCUCGGUCUGGAUAUCGAUCCUGCAGGUUUCAUCAAAACAAAUCCACCCUUCAAUGAGGCGAGUCAACAGGGCGUCUUUGCUGUUGGUGACUGUGGAACGAUGAUGAAGGCGACGCCUCAGGCGAUUGCGAUGGGAUCCUUUGGGGCAGCAGGUUUGGUUGCGCAACUGGGUGCCAUGGGGAAUUUGUAA